CGGAAAGCUAGCAGCCCGCUGGCUAGCUGCAGUCAGGCAGAUAACAGAGUUCUGCUGUUCCGCUAAUGCACUUUGUGACUGUUUUUACACAUUUCUCGCAUCCAGACCAGCAGUGGCGAGUGGAGGGAAGCUAACGAGAAGUGACAAGAAGAUUAGAAAUGGAAGGAGACGAUUGCAGUUUUCCUCCAGACUCAUCGGACGACCACUCACAAAGAGGAAGCGUUGCUUCCUCUGCAACACUUUCCCGCCCUCAGGACGUGCUUGUGUACUUGUUUGGAGACAGCGCGGUUCACUUAUCGGUGGAGGGGCUGGGCAGCGUCACGGUGCAGGAGUUGGGCCGCAGCGUUCGAGAGGCUCUUCAUAUUCCUGACUCUGCUCAGGAUGCGUUUGCCUUCUGGCUCUCUUCCCCACUGCUCGAGCUGCAGCUGAAAGCGAGGCAUCAGCCGUACAAGUUGUGCCGGCAGUGGCAGGACCUGCUGUAUCGCUUCACUGAGGCUUCAGAGGAAGACAUUUCACAAGACGAACCGUGUCUCCAGUACAGACGCAACGUCUUUUAUCCCAAGUCCAAAGAGCUGCAGAUUGACGAUGAGGGAGUGUUGCGGCUUCUUUACGAGGAGGCCCGGAGUAACAUCCUGACCAGCCGGUACCCCUGUGACCCCGAGCACUGGAACGGCCUCGGAGCCCUGACCGUCGCUCUGGAAGAGGGAACUGCUCUGGACAGCCAACAGUUCACCGCCUCCAUAAGGGAAAAGAAGCUGUCCUCCUAUCUGCCGGCUCACGUGGUCAUGGGCAGCGGAGGGCUGUUCUCCACGCUGCGAGGGAAGUCGAGCAGGCACGCCGGGCUGGAGCAGAACCUCCUGGACGAGUACAGAAAGAUCAGCACGUCUGCUGGGAGCUCUCCUCCCGAGCCCACACAGCUGCUACACCAGUACCUCAGCACAUGUCACGCUCUGCCUUACUACGGGUGCGGUUUCUUCUUUGGAGAGAUUGACAAGCCGGCUCAGGGGAUCCUGCAGCGAGGGAAACGCAAAGCCGUGAACGUGGGGAUCUGCCUCGAGGGAGUGUAUGUGAUGGAUGCGAAAGAGAAGCAUGUGCUGCUGGGCCUGCGUUUCAGCGAGCUCUCCUGGGACCACAGCUACCCCGAGGAGGAGGGCGACUCGCACAUCCUGUGGCUGGAGUUCGACGGAGAGGAAGACGGCACUCCCGUCAACAAGUUGCUGAAAAUCUACUCAAAGCAGGCCGAGCUGAUGAGCGGCUUCAUCGAGUUCUGCGUGGAGCUGAAGACCGCGUCUGAAGGAGGAGCCGCCGCCGAGACGGACGGCGAGGCCGGCCAGUCCCGGCAGCCCGCCGAGCAAGAGGGCAGCAAGAAGAACGGGCGGGGAGGGCGGCGCGGCAUGCUGCAAAGACAAGGGAGCGUGGUGUGCAGCCGGGUCCACUCGCUGAACACCAUCAGCUACGUGGACAACGGAAAAGAGAUCAAACGCUUGAAGCCGAAAAGAGCUGCGUCUUUCUUCACACGGCAGGCGACCGUACCCGCCUACUCUGCUGUGCAAGUGACAGAAAGUCUGGAGCAGGGUUAAAGUCGCUGAUGACUUGGGCUCCGUUCCUCUCCAAGACCAAAUCUGAACAUUGACACUGAAGAUAGAAACGACUGGGGGGAAGAAAACAAAAGGAAUUGAGAUGUUUAUCCGCUAAUAUAUGUACAUGUAAAGGACCAAGCGAGAGGUAUGUAAGCGUGAGCGAGAAUAUUUAUCUUCUGAAGUUGUGUAUAUUAGGAGAGUACAGUAAUGUGAAACACAAAAUGAUUUAUCAGUUAUGCUUCCAAGGUUGAAUUGAAGUGGCUGUUCACUCGAUGGCCUUGCAUCAAGAACACGCGAUGGACCUCUUUCAUAACGUCUCGACACAUGCCUUAGAGAAAUCCUCAAACAGCGACGGCUGCUUGUACGUUCUGCAGCCACUUUACCACGAUUAGCCGAAAGAGCGACACCUCAAACCAGUGUGACCACUGCAUUACCUCUUUUUACCUUAUUAGGGACUGAACGUCAGUGUUGCAAUCAGCCCUGUAGUUGUAGUCACUCCUCCUCUAAAGUGCAAACGUUGCCGCCACCACCACCACCUCCUUACAGUCAGCAUGACAAACAAGUUUAGGGGCUGAUGUGAAGGCGUGCUCGCCCUGGUCUGCUGCUUCUAACUGCCAGUGCCUUCUCCUCAUGAAAAGGGAGGUGAAGCCUCUUCAGACGAGAUCCGCAUGAGCGCACCUUGGCCGUGUUGUGGAGGCUUCUUGUGAGUACGGGAAUUUAACCUUUUGACCCAGAAUCUGCCAGGUCAUCAUGGAAAGAAAGCAAGGCAGUGCGUCCCUCUUUCGUGACAUCUGUUGCUAUUCAUAGUUGUCAAAGCAGACGUGUGCAAAUGUAGUUUGAAGGUUGAAAUUUAGUGCACUAAUGCUGCCACGAAUUGAUCACAAUAUCAAGUCCUCAAACGGAUUUGGACUAAUUAAAAAGUUAAAUUGAAACUAAAAUGAACAAUCAAACCUUGGAAACACCCUGCCAUAUAGAGCUGUUUUAUCCUGUUGGCAUGUUACAUUCAAAGACAAUCUUCUAAAUGUUGCGCCAUGUGUACACCUCGUGUUGAUACACAGGUCCCAACUCCAUCAUUUGUUUUACAAGACCAGAUUAGCAACAGAAAACUGAGGCAGCUCUAUAUCUACGCAUCCUCCAGCAAAAAACAAAACAAAAAAAAACUCCUCCUCCUGGCUGUCAGUCUCACUAGCACUCCUUAAUUCAGACAGAAGUUUGCGAUGUCUCCAUGACCUCUUUCAGGACAUCUUUCAGGUAUCAGCUUUGUGGCAAUGAGUUUUCAGAUUUUAGUCUUUUCAGGAUGUUUCUUGAAGAGUAAACCAUCAAUGGUACGAAUGUUCCAGUCUGUGAGAUAAACUUACCGGUAAUAUCAAGGCAUGAAUGAACCAAUGUAGAGGUGUAACGCAGUUAUAAAGGCGCAAUCUGUAGGCUUUAAGUAAUUCCACUUUUGUGCACUGGGUGGCAGCAGUGAGUCACUGCUCCUCAGAUCUGUAGCCCUCAUUAAGUUUCUACUUCUUUCUCCUGUCAGAAUCUGCUGCUACUGUUCCUUCUGUCUUUAGACUGAAAGUAGGGAGAACAGUAGAGUAACUCACUGCAACAUCUCGAGGAACAGAGUGGGAUUACUCAAAUGAUCAGUCUGCGGCGAGCUGUUUACGUCAUUAUUUGAGGAUUUGCAACUCUUUGAUUGGUCGUUUUGAGUUUGCUUUUGCAUCUUUCUGACUGAAAAUCUGACGUCCUGUAUCUUAGAGUGAGCAGUGACUGCUCUUUGUGGCCUUGACCAAUUAACCCCGCUGCUGAAGUCUCAGUCUGUCCACCAUGCUGAAGCCCGGUGUGCUCCCUUAACGCCCCACUUGCCGAGUCUCUUGGGUGUGUCUCCGAGCUUCACCCUGAUGCCACUAAUAUAUGCAGGUUCUGAUUUUGCUGUACAAACCCACCUCACUGAACGGCCAUGGAAAGAGGGUCCUUGUCUUUAUAAAACGCCUUCCACUUGAACGUACAUCCUCCUCUGGCAUCGGUGUGGUGUCAUGAAUUCUCUCCGAUUCUCCUCAGCAUGCAAACUUGCAGAAUGUCCUUACUUUUUUUACGCUUCGUCUUGUAUGCCAGCUACUGUCUGUAACCGCCCUAUGGGAGUCCAGUAUAUUGUUGCAAACGUACACUAUGCAUGUCACAUUGUAGGGUUAGGCAUUCCCACAGUCUGCACAUCAUGUGAUGCUGCACUAUGAAUACUAAUACACUGUUUAUAAACCUUUGACAUCAGCAGUUUGUUAACUUUAGAGGUAUUUUUACUUUCAUUUUUCACAUACUUGUCACUGUUUGUAUACGACGAUGAAGAAUUAGGUCAAACUAAUCAUCUUCUCAAACAGCCACUGCAGAAACUUAAGUGCCUUUUUGUUUCUUUCACGUUGUUAUAAAAGCAAAGGAUGAUUUGGUAAUGCCCUGGUUUGUUUCUAACGUUAUUAACUAGAUGACACAUUUCAUUUUUCCUAUUUGAUGUGAGAAUACUGAGUGAUUGAUGGUGAACAGUGUUGCGUAGUGUGGCGUGGUUCUUCCCAGUGGUCAUUUUUGAAUUUGUUCAAAUCCAUGCUUUUUGAAUUAAGUCCGUUUCUCAGACUUUCUCAAUAUAUGUUACAUGGUGGAGUUUCCUGCUCCACUGCUCACUGCCUAAGUGUAUUGAAGCCAUAUUCGUUUAAUCUAACAUCUCACAUAUGAUUUCUUAGCAUAGUAACAGACUCCGUUUAGACACUGACAGUUGUAGAUUUGUUCUGAAAUGAACCCGACUUACAUCUUGGACCUGCGGUGAUUUGAAAAAGUAUUGUCUUAUUAAUAAAUUUUGUUUUAUGAUACUAUUUGUGUGCAAGGAUGUAAGAAUUACAUGACGUUGUUAAUAUUAAAAUGUUUUUUGUUAAUACUCUUCUAGACUUUUUUUUUUUUUUUUUUUUGCACUUGAAAGGUAUUUACUCUAUAAUUACAAUUUUUGAAUAAAAUUACAAAAUAUUCCACUCUGGUGUUGUCCAUUAUGCAGUAUGGCUUAUUUGUCACAUUUUUGAACAUUUGACCAAUAAAAUGAAACCUGUUUUCUUUU